AUGCAGGCAGCAGAUGACUUUGAUGGGGAAAUCCCCAACAAUAUCGUAGAGACUCUUGGAGCACCUCAAACGACAGCCAUCAACGCCAACGAGCAUACAGGAUUGCCGUUGCUCAGCUAUCCUGUCGAAGACCACGAUAUGCAAGUAGCAGCGGGUAUCUCCAUAGAGGACUACUACAGAUGGGAGCUCGGAUUCGGCGUGGACCCCUCCGUCCACGAACUGCCAUCGCCAUCGUCUCAUCCUGAGGAAGAGAGAUGGGUCGAGUCGUCAAUUGACGAAUACACUGCGUCCAUCAACAUGGACGUUGAACUUACCAUAGGCCUUUCCAUGGAGGAGGGCACUGCGGAGGUAUAUGGCGGGAACAUGUACAUCCCGCCGGACAUGGACGUGUGGUGGCCAUCCGGGGCGAUGAUGCCCGAGGAACAUGGCGCGCCCAUUGCAGGGCCAUCGCGAUUCCCGGGUGCACUCGGCGACUCGACCGGCUGGCAUGGGGAGAGAGCCGAUCUCUCCCACACUCAAACAUCGCGUGGGGAUCCCGUAUCCCUCGCGAUCGCCCCUGGUCUGCUGUACGCAGAGCAGGGUGCAACAACAGAAGAAUACGAAGUUUCCAUCGACAAAGAUGAGGGUGAAGAUGACCUCGACGCCUACAAUGAUGGAGCAAAUGACAACGAGGAUGAUGCUUUCAUUCUCGACACCGAUGACGAGGACAACGAGGUUGCAGUUCUCGAUGGCGACAUCAAUCUUGAAGUGACUGCCGACUCACCACUGGUCGCCCCUCCCCUCGACAGACCCAUAACGCACUCCCACACUCGCGCGUCCUAUGGAAACAGCGGUUUGAAAAUGCAAGAUGCCUUGCGUGGGCAAAAGCGCAGGGCUGAUGAUGACAGCGAGGAGGACGCUGCCAACAAGAAGGCGGUGAAGAAGGCCCGGAGGGGUAAGGCAAAGAACACUGCUCAGACGAAGGAGAAUACCAAGGCAAAAGCGAAGGGUACGGCGAAGCCAAAGGGCAAUGCGAAGGCAAAAGGCAAGGCGAAGUGUAAGGCGAAGGCGAAAGCGGGCAACACGAAGAUUAAGAUCAGAGACAGUGGAGGGCAGUUCCCGUGCCUGAAGCCUGGCUGCACAAAGUCGUUUGAACGCAUGACCGACAGAAAUCGCCAUCUCAGAUCCAGCUGUCCAAAGGGAAAGCCAGGCGACCUCGUGAAACCCGGCUGCACCCACUGCAAUAAGCAGUUCUCCAGGGGUGAUGCAGUCAAGCGGCACAUCGAUGACGGUGCGUGUCCUGCCUAUAAACAGCCACCUGGAGAGUUGAAGAAGUCCGGAGCGUCGAGUGACGGGAACGACGACAAGCGCAAGGGUGGAGAUAAGGGCGGUCGUGGUGGGGGAAAUGGAAAGGGCGGUCGCGGUGGAAGAAGGGGCGGUCGUGGUGGAGGAAAGGGCGGUCAUGCCUAA